AUGUCAUUGCUCAGAACAUCAAUUCGCUCCGCCAAACCGGCCUUGCAAUCCCGUCAACUCGGAAACGCCAUCCGCACCAAGAUAUCCCUUCCAGAUCUGGACUGGGACUUUGGCGCUUUGGAGCCAUACAUCUCUGGUCAGAUUAACGAGCUCCACUACACCAAACAUCACCAAACCUACGUCACGGGCUUCAACACUGCAAUUGAGCAGUAUGCUGAGGCCAAGGAGGCCGGUGAGGUCAAGAAAGCUGUUGAGCUGCAAAAGCAGAUCAACUUCCAUGGUGGUGGAUAUCUCAACCACAACCUUUUCUGGAAGAACCUGGCCCCUCCUUCCCAGGGUGGUGGGGAGUUGCCAGCUGAGUCCAGUGCACUUGGAAAGGCCGUUAUUGACCAGUACAAGUCAUUUGACAACUUGGUUGCUGUGACCAACAGCAAGUUGGCUGGAAUCCAGGGUUCUGGCUGGGCCUUUAUUGCCAAGAACAAAUUGAACGGUGCCAUUGAGGUUAUCCAGACUCAAAAUCAGGACACUGCUCUCGACCCCUACAUUCCUCUGGUUGCCAUUGAUGCAUGGGAACACGCCUACUAUUUGCAAUACCAGAACGUGAAGGUUGACUACUUCAAGGCUAUCUGGAAUGUUAUCAACUGGAAGGAGGCUGAAAAGAGAUUUACUGCCUAA